UAUUCGGUACAAUUAUAUCACAUUAGUACACAUUACUAAAUCUAUAAUAAGUGCACGAAACACAAUGAACGGCAGGUCACAGUCUCACAGAUGAGUGAUGGACAUAUACUUUAACAAUAUAAUAAUCAAAAGAAUUCGUCCCGAAGUACAUAUUUGGUGAAAUAUCUAUACGCAAUUCAUUUUCAAGUCCGUUGCAUAAGUAGUAUACCGGCCAGUGAAAUGGAGUGCUCGAGACUACGAUUACUGUCGUUCUCGAUGGGGUGGGCGAUGAUCGCGAUGACGGCUCUAGUCCCGUGCGGUACCACAGCCACCUUGAUAGACCUGUGUCACGGUUACCGGUACGGGGUGACCACGUGCUGGGACCCGAACCAACAAUUCGACGUAUACAACGUGCACACGGGAUCGGGGCCGAACGGAGCGUUCACCACGGAGAGCUUCUCGACUCCCGAACACUGCGGCACUCAUCUGGACGCGCCGUUUCACUUUAAUCCGACCGGAUGGAAACUGCAAGACAUCCCGCUGGACCGGACGGUGGUCGAAGGCGUACACGUGAACGUAAGUAACGAAGUCAAUGGAAACGGCGACUUAUUACUGACUGUCGAUCAUUUGAAAGCUUGGGAACAGGCCAACGGUCCGCUGCCCAAUCGAUCAGUGAUAUUGGUGAACUUCGGUUGGGCUCACAGAUUCGGAGAUCGUCAAUCGUACUUCAACGGAUUACGUGAACCAUAUAGGUUUCCCGGACUGUCCAGAGAUGCGGCCCAGUGGAUUGUCGACUCCGGAAAAGUGUACGGCGUCGGGGUGGACGGGCCAAGCGUGGACCCUGGACGGUCGACGACGUACGACGUGCACGGGGUGCUGUCCAAAGCCAAUCUUUACAACUUGGAAAACGUGGCAUUAAACGGCACGACGCUGCCACCGAGAGGAUUCAAGCUGGUCGUCCAGCCUGUCAAGAUCGUCGGCGGCACCGGCGGCCCGGUCCGGAUAUUGGCUUUCACGAACGACCCAUUCAAAUUAUUAUGAUCUCGACAAGAGGGCCGAUGAGAUUUUUGAUUUAUUUCUUCGCCGUCUCGUCAGCGACAAUUGCACUAAAACGCAUGAGGCCUCUACUUUGCAGACGGAUUUUCUCUUAUGUUACACGUUUUAAAUAAAUAACCAUUCUCGUACCUAUAUGGCUAUAUAUUAUAUAACAAUUUUAUAACCUGUACUCUGAUGUGAGCUCUUCAUAAUGCUAGUAAAAAGAAAAUACCUAUUAGAUUAUAUUCAAAAUAAUAAAUAUUUAAAAUACUAUGGGA